AUGAAGUUCACCACUGUCUUCGCCACCCUCGCCGCCUUCACUGGCACUGCUGCUGCUGCUGCCAUCGACAUGCGCGAUACUUGCCUGGCCAAGAACGCUGUUUGCUACGUCGCCGGCGGCCCGUCGCCCGGUGUCUGCUGCGACGGUCUCAUCUGCGCCGCCGACCGCUGCCGCGACCCCGCCGAGGAGACCAUCAAGCCCAAGCCCACCACGACCGCCGUCGCUGAGCCUACCUGCCUGGCCAAGUAUGCUGUUUGCUACGUCGCCGGUGGCCUGCCACCCGGCGCCUGCUGCGAGGGUCUGAUCUGCGCUGCCGACCGCUGCCGCGAUCCCGCCGAGGAGGAAGUCAAGCCUACUCCCACUCCUGAGCCCACCUGCCUGGCCAAGAAUGCCGUCUGCUACAUCGCCGGCGGCCCAUCGCCCGGUGCUUGCUGCGACGGCCUCAUCUGCGCUGCCGACCGCUGCCGCGAUCCCGCCGAGGAGACCUCUGCUUAG